AUGCGCGUGUUUCACCGCGCUGCGCAUGUGCUGCAGAGGCUGACGUCCGCGAGGAGCAUUCAGCGCCGGGCGGUGUCGCGUGAGGCGGUACUCGCGCGGUGGAACGCCCGUCCCGAGGACGCAGCAGCUGAGGCGGCGCCGGCGGCGGGCGGCGCUACGGGCGUCGUGGGCAAAGGGAUGAAGUUUGCAUCCGCCGUCACCGGCGGCGGCGGCGGCGGUGGUGGCAGUGGUGCGUGGGGAAAACCCCGCGCGGGUGUUGCCUCAACGAUCGCGGACGUCAGUUGGGACCUCUGCGAGCGCCUGGAUUUCUACGUGCAGUACAGCGUGCCGUCGAACUGGUGGGUGACGGAGCGGGUUGGCGAGAACAGCCUCGCGAUCCAGUGUAGGCCGCCGCCCGCCGGCCGCGGCGCGGGGCAGCCGACGGUUCAUGGCUUUUCCCUCAACUGCUUUGCCUACAGGCGGAAGGUGCAGGAGCCGGACAGCGCGAAGCUUCUGAGCCUGUUCCUGCAGCGAUUUAACGCGUCCGUGUCCAACUCCGUGGAGGUUGUGUCGCGCUCCGCCGGGCGGGCCGCCGCCGCCGCAGCAGCCGAUGCCUCCACGCGUAGUGUCAGUGAGUCCCUGGCGAGCCGAUUGGACUGCGCCGUGGCGGAGAUCACGUUUACGCCAGUCGCCGGCGAGCCCCUGGCCCACGGGCUCUGCCGCGCCUUUUACAACUCGAACCACAAGUUCCACUACGUUGUCGUGGUUGCGGUGCCGGAGGACGAGUUUGCGGUCUCGCUGGACCUCCUCACGCACGCGUUGCUGGCGGUCGUGGAGGGCCGGGUGGAAGCGGCGGCAAAACGCACAUAA